UUAUAAACUGGUAGUUCGUCUCGCCCACUUUUUUUAUUUUUCCUCCAUCAGUCUUUUGACAAAAACAUCGUACCAUUCCUUAAAAACACACUAUACUUUUUAUCUUUAUUAUUUUCUCGCCAUUAUCGAUUCAUCCUUAUUGGUACUGAGCCCUUUUUCAUAAAAAAUUUUAGACAGGAAAAAAACAGACCAUAUUAUUAUUUGUAUAUUCCCUCUCUUUUUCCACACAACCAAAAAUAAUGAACUCUCAUCCAAUGCAGCCAUAUUCACCAACAGCAAUAAUGGAUGAGUUUUCUCGAGUUUCCAGUGGAUCCCAGCAAGCUGACGAUCACAUCACGGCCUUAAAUAACUUCCUCGGCAUGUCCUCGUCAACAAGCAAUACCAUGCAACCACCGUCACAAUCAUCUACCCAGCAACAUCAGCAGCGGCAACCAAGCCUCAGCGGCGUGAGCGAUCAGGCCAUGGCUGCGUUUCUCGCCGCUUCAACCACUGCGGCAUACACUGGGAUACCCGCUAUGAGCAUCCUCUCACAGAACAGCCCCCUGAUGAUCAACCCGAUCGGCAUCACUCCCUCGCAAUCCCUGCAAUCCCUACAACUUAAUGAUUUUGGCAGUGAUGCUGCCACUCUGGCAGCUGCCAACUUUGCUGUCGUCUCCCAGCAGCAGCAGCAGCAGCAUCAACAGCCGGGCAGCCUGCUGACAAGCACCGUCGAUAUGAGCAACUCGCUUUACAACAACAACUCAUUGACAAACAUGGACUCCGAGUCGUUGUCUUCUAUGCUUAGCGCAUCGGCAGCACAGCAGCAACAGCGGCCAACUUUUGUGACUGUUCCCGGAAACUACAAUGUGUCGUCAAACUCUGGUUUCCUGACGCCCACCGCAGUUAGCUACGAGCAGGCAGCACAGGCUCGAGCCCAAGCGCAGGCUCAGGCACAGGCGAAUUUCGACUACAUGAUGGGCAAGCGCAAGUUCGAUGACACUGACAUGAGUAUUUUGCCCAGCCCCAUGGGCGUGCCGUUGGGAAAGAGGGUUACCAUGCCGGCGUCAUAUGGCGACUACCAGACGCGGCCCAUGCCUAUUCCUACGGGCAUUGGUAUGCAGCGGAUCGCCUCAUACCACCCAAGCAGUUUUGGCGCCACCUCCCCCCUGCAAAACAUGGAUACUGGUAACGCCCUAUCCGUGGCUCCAGCGAGGCUCCCGAUCAAUCGUCUCAAAACAACCCCGGUUAACUCAUAUUUUUCUUCCAAACCCAGCGGCAGCGGCAAGCGGUCAGCAGGUAUUAACAGCAGCAACACAACGACGUUUUCUGUGCAACCACAGCCGCAGCCCACACAGCAUCAGCGCAAGGUCGCGCAUAACGCCAUUGAGAGACGCUACCGCAACAACAUCAAUGACCGCAUCACCGAUCUUCGCAGCUCCGUCCCGGCCCUCCAACACGUGCGCCCAAAGAAAAGGCAACCUGGCGUCGGCAGCAGCAGCAGCAGCCCCUAUGCUCGCGACAAUGCUGAGACCAGCAACGACGAGGAUGAAGAGGAUGACGACGAGGAGGAUAACGAGGGCGGCUCUCACCAGGUCGAUGGCGUCGAGGCCGCAACCAAGCUGAAUAAGGCGACUAUCUUGGGCAAAUCGACCGAGUACAUAUACUAUUUACGGCGCAGCAAUGACCAGAUGAAGCGCGAGUCGUUUUAUUUGCAGGAGAUCGUGCGCAGUAUGCCAGAUGGCGAAGUGAUCCUUGCAAGCUUGUUGUUGCGGGCGAAGCAGGAGUCAGAGGCAGCCACAGUUUCUCUGCGGGUUCCUGAGCGGGCCACGAUGCCAAAAAAGAAGCAGAAACCGCAUCAUUAAGCUUUGUUUAAACUAUUUUCAUUUUUAAAUUAGUACAUAGUCAAAAAUAUCAAUUUAUAUGGUAUCAUUCCACACAUCAAUAGGCUGG